UAAAAAAAUAAAAAUACAAAAAGCGUAUGCAAAACGAAAUAAGAAGUGAAGAAUAAACAUACACGAUGGAAACAGAGAUAAAUGAAGAACCUCAGAUUGAUUUCUUAGAGGAAAACGAGUCGGAUUUGGCGGAGGAAGAUCUCCCGAGAGGUUCUGCAGACAUUAAUAAGUCGCAUUCGGCCCAGGUAUCAGUGGUAUCUAUCUCAACAACUGAAAAGAGUGAAGAGAGGUUGAAGAUCAUAAGGAAGGAGGAAAGGAAGGGGCUUUUAAAGGAGAUCAUGAGUCGACUAAAGGAGCGCGACGCGGAGGAGGCGCAAAAGAAGCUGGCCGGCGAACAGGACAAGUCACAAGGCAGUUUCCAAAGACCGAUGUUCAGCUUACAGGUGGAGGAGUGGGAUGAAACAUCGCCAGUGUCCAAUCUGGAUGAUGCUGUCGACAGUGACACCCGGCAGGCGGAUGCUGCAGCCCCAGCAGCCACUGUGGGCGCAGUUGAAGCUGAGGAGGAGGACAUGCUCGAUUCCAUCGAAACCCCAUCGGAAUCUGAUUCGGAAGCACCAGUGACGCAGAAAUCCCAGAGCUUAGAUCCCAUGCAAGUGGCAGUUAAGUCUUUAAUGCUGGUGCCCAGUCUGUCGGAUAUAUCGCUGUCAAGUGAUCCGCUUGUUCCGGGAAAGUCUAGCCAGUCUGUGAAGUCAAUACAUGCUAAGCGUAUCACAACCGAUGGCAGCAUAAGUGUCGAUUCCGAGGGAGCGGAAGAUGAGUCCACCAAGGCCCCCAGUGAUUCCCGUACUACUGCAAUUGAGCAAUUGACGGAGUCUGAAUCGCUUUGCGAGUCAUUGCCGCCCAGUCCAAAAACAGAACCCACGGAAAAGGAAGACCAACCUUACAUGGACUUCGAACAGUUGUUUCCAGUCACAACGGAGCAAGUCGUUACGGGCCAAAUCGAAUUGACAGAAAAUCCGAAGGUUGUAGAAACACGCCAGAUUGUUUAUGAUUUUAUAAGCCACUUGAUUCAAAGGGUAAUCGUGAAAGAGCAUCGGGGUACUGAGGAAUAUAUUCGGGUGCGACUGGACAAGGAGAAGCUGCUGGACGCGCUGCAGAAAGAGGUGCACGAUUACAUUAUUGUGAAAGAUCAUAACAAGCAGCUGGAGGAGCAGAUAAUAGAGUACUUCCGGCGCACCAAGAACUUUCGAUGCUUUGACCGUCUAGCCCAGGACGCCGAGAAGACUUACUCCCGUCGCCUUGAUCACGCCCUGUGCUAUCUGUCCUAUGGCCAAGAGCGCCUCGCCAGGGUAAAGGAGAAGUAUGGCAUUCUAAUGAGCACUGCGUUUUUGGACCUCUCCAACGCCAUGAACAUCGUUCUCAGCACGGAGCACCAUCUCGAGCAGACGUUGAAGCAAGUCCUGGUUCGCCCGGACGCCGAGACCGACUUCCUCAAGCGCUUAGUUGCCCGCGAACUCCGCCUAAUGGCCGACCAUCGCAACCAAAUAAGCGAUGCCCGCCUGUCGCUCAUGUCGCAGAAGCACACCUUGGGUCGCAUCCUAGCUAAAAUAAGAGAUGUAGAAACUGUUUGCGACGGUGUGAGCAUGACUGACUUUAUUUCCGUGCAAAACAAGAUGUUCGGGCUCGAAAAGAAGAUCGAAGAGCGAAAUAUUGAACUGAAAAGACAGCGCAGACUAUACCACACCGAUCUGCAUAUAACUAAGCACAAUCGAGAGAGGUCCCAUGAGUUGAAGAACAAGAUUCACCAGCUUGAAUAUAAGCUGCUAGAGAAGCAGCAGUUGAGGAAUAAUCUGAAAUCCGUGUUGUGCCGCGCGAAAUUGGAACACAAAGCCAUUAGGAGGCGGAUGAAAGAGCUGACAAUCCAGGGUGGUAUCCUGGCUAUGCCCGCAUUGAUGUAUGACUACGAUCGAACUGUCGCCUAUAUUUGGGAAAAGGAGAAAGCGGUCUCGACCCUGCGGGAAACCCUGAAAUCACUUACCAAUAACCUGCAUAGUAUACUGGCACCUACAAAGAAACACUCGAUAAUUCAAUAGGACUAUCUAAACUUUUAAGCAAAAUACAUUUUUUCACAAAAAUCAUUUC